CCUCUCGUCGAGCCAAGAUGGCGCUCGCUUUGGCGAGGCAGAGGUUGCGAUGUCUGACAGAAGGAGCGGGGCGGCCGGUUUCACAGCCGCUCUGCCUGAGUCCCUCCGAGCGCCGCCGCCGCCGCCGACCGCCAUUGCGGCUCUACCCCCGGCCCCCUCAGGCCGGAGCAGCCGAACACCUAUCCGCGUCAACACCGCCAGGCUGCGGGGAACACAGACCCCACGCUCCUUCCGAGUUCACCUUGCCGCACGGCUGUGGGGAAUAUCGGGACCCUCUCCCACUGCGGUUGGUCGUUUCGGUUGAAGAUUUGGAAAAUAAACAACAGCUGCCUGGUGUCAAAAUGUUUUUCGGGUAUGAGAUCAAAAAUUUGGCGAUCCUUGAUGACUUGCCAGCUGCAUCUGCAAAUCAGCAAGCAAAUGAUGGCAAUGGUGAAAGGAGCAAACUGGAAGAUGCAACUCCACGGAAGGUGUUUGGAGAGCAACAUUCCCCAGAAUAUGAAAAUCUGGAAUAUGAAGACUUGGAAUACAUUAUCAUCGACCAAUUUCAUGAAAAGUUUGGUCCAGCAAUCUUUCACAUUAAACAACAGAAUGUGAUUGGAGUUGCACUGAAAGGUAUUAACAUCUGCCGCUUUGGGAAACUGUGCUGGAUACAGAUUUCAACAAAAUAUCGGAUUUACUGCUUUGAUAUUUUUCUGCUGGGAGCAGCAACAUUUAGAAAUGGACUAAAAAUGAUUCUGGAGGACUCUAAUAUACUGAAGGUGAUACACAAUUGUCGCUUGGUCUCCGACUGCCUGUACCACCAAUAUCAGGUGGACCUCACCAAUGUCUUUGAUACUCAGGUUGCUGAUGUUAUGCAGUUCUACAAAGAAACAGGAGGCCUUCUUCCCAGUUGUGUCAGUACUUUAGAAGAAUGUCUAGUUCGUCACCUCGGCCUUUCUCGAACAAAAAUCCGAUCCUUGCAGCACAGUGCAUGUGCUCUUAAGGUUAAUCCAAAGGUGUGGAGCUGCCGUCCACUCCCCCGACACUUGCUGCAGAGUGCAGGAAUGGAAGUCAUGCUUCUGCUCUCACUCCGCACUGUUUUGAUGGACAAGCUAAUGAUGGAUUUCACAACGCAAGUGGAUAACUACAUGAGCAUGUACAGAAAUAUGCCCAACAUUUCUUUUGGGUAUGCUGAGAUCUCCUCACUGGAGCUUCCGUAUGAAUUGAAGGAGUUAACUGUUAUUCAUAAGUUAAGACGAGAGGAUGCGCUAAAGAAAUAUAGAACUGAUGAGAAUGGCCUCCUAGUGCGACCAUACCCUCACUUUGAAAAUAACCCCAAGGAAAGGAUAAUAAACAUAGACGACAUUCCAGAGCUUGAAACAACCAAGACAUCAAGAGGAGAUGGAAUUGAAGUGCAGAAUGAGUGAAUUCCAUUGCUCAAGCCCAGUCCUGAUUGUGGUGAAGACAAUUGUCCUCCCCUGGAGCGAAUCAGUCUUUCAGCAGCCAAACCUUGAAGAAAAUUCAUGCCCAUCAAUGCAGAGAACCCAACUGUGUUGUGUUGGGAUAGUGAUGUGACGAUAGUGAUUUUAGUGCUGUGGAGAUGAUCAAGCAUUUCCAACUGGGUUGCUGUGCCAAGAAACUCGAGUUACACAUCAACGUGAUUCCCAAGAUCUUUGGACCAAACCAAGACCUCUCUGAAGACAGUACAUUUCAAAUUAAUCCCAAAAACCUACUUUUCAAAGUCAAAUUUAUUCGUCACAUGCACCCGAAGAUGCAGUGAAAUUUCAGAAAUGGGUGACUCCUCAAGAAAUUUUGUUGGGCCGCACUGGCCUGGAGCCGCUUCUGAUGGUAGCUUAUUUGGGUGACUGAUUAUCUUUUAAUGCUCCAGCAUUUUAUACAUGGGGUGAGAGUCGUGGGUUUCAUUUGCACUGUGAGCUUCCAGUUGGAGUAUGCUGCGGGAAGGAAAAUGCUGAAUGAAUGCUACCAAUUUGAUGCUUCAGCUAAGCAACAGCAAAAUAUUAUUUGUUUAAAUUUGAUGAAAAUACAAAUAUGAACAUGCACUCUGAUGAAUGCAGUAAGUAUCCAGGUUUGAAGAAAAGUCUCGACCCGAAACGUCACCCAUUCCUUCUAUGCAGAGAUGCAUCCUGUCCCACUGAGUUACUCCAGCAUUUUGUGUCCAUCCUUGGUUUUCACCAUGGUAUCCCAUGGAAGUUUUACUUUUAGGGUUUGAACACCAAAUUUACUUUAAGCUAUUAAAAAUUGAAAUAAUGUGCAAGUUCAGAAAUCAUUCCAAAUAAAUUUCUUCAAAAAUGAACCAAGA